GCUGUAAAAAUACACAAUGAAGCUAAAUCCGGGGAUGAUUCAAUGAAGGGCCUCGGAGAAGCCGAUCACGUUUACCCACGCCCCAAAUGCGCUUAAACUGGUUCCCGAAACACAAAGGGAUAAAAGCAACCAAGCGACUGGCGAAGGUGCGAUGGGCUCCAGUUUAGCAGUGCGGCGUACGUCCAAGAGCAGACCGGGCGCCUUUCAAAAGUCUUAUAUCAGGAGCUCGCUGCCCGGGGAGACACUUGGCAGGACCCGUUCUGGCCUGGUUUUGUUGAAGUGCGUCUGUCUUGCUCUUCUUUGUUUCUCUCUAUCUUCAAUCAAGUAACAUGGACGGAAUUGCUGCUGUGGUCGACGACGGCACUACGGUCUUGCUCUCCCAGGAGGAGCAGAUAAUGGCGGAAGAGCCAUUUCACAGAAGACCGGCCGAAGACAUUGCCGCGGUGGCGGCCAAAAACGGAUCCGCGACAGUCGAAAUCCAACCUUAUCGCGACGACCCUGAUGCGCCCCAGGAUCCGCUCGUGGACUCGGCGAAGAAGCCGUUGCUAGGCAAGCCAACCGUGCACCACCUCCUAGUCCCGUUCGCGCUGUUCUCCGUCGCGUUUGGCGGAAACAUUGCGCCAAAGAUAAACAUCGCUCUCGCGCUCGUGUGUCGUGAGUACUUCGCCGUGCAGGAUGCCCUGAAUCCCGCGGGCAUGUCCUCGUGGGGCUUCAACAUCGCCGCCGCGGCGGGCGACAUCGAGGAGCGGUGCCAGAUUGUGCCGGUUCAUCAGAAGGGCUCGUCGAUCACGAUGUGGGUCGGGCUGAUCACCGGCCUGCUGGGCGCUUGGGUGUCGCCUAAACUUGGGGCGGUUUCUGACCGCGUCGGACGUCGGCCUGUGCUUAUGCUGUCGAUGGCUGGUCCAUUUUUGGCUGAUUUGACGAUUAUUGCUGCCGCUCGGUGGUCAUACUUGAAGUCCUACAACCUAUUCUAUCUCUCGGCCUUCUUCGACGGAGUCACGGGUUCGUUUAUCGGUGUCGUCGCAAUGUGCCACUCCUACGCGACCGACACGACAAAACCUGGUGUCGAGCGCGCGCAAGCGUUUGGUAUGUUCCACGGCAUCCUCUUCACCGGCAUGGCACUCGGCCCUUCACUCUCGUCAUUUGCGAUCCGCAAGACUGGUAAUGUCUUGACGUUCUUUUACCUCGGUCUCUGCAUGCAGGCAAUGUUUUUCUUCUACGUCAUGUUUCUUCUUCCGGAGUCGGUGCCAAAGUCUCAUCAGCUCCAGGCGCAGGCCGCGCACAAGCAGCUCCAGCGCCGACAGUCGCAUAUCCAGACCGGUCCGUUGACAUGGAAGUCCUUCCUUUCGCGGAUCAACGUUCUGCAGCCGGUGAUGGCGUUCUACCCCACGGACGGGACGCGGCCCGCGAUCAGACGGAACCUGACGAUUCUCGGCAUCAUGGACUUUUGCGCUGUGAGCAACUCGUUGUGCGAGAUGAUGGUCACGCUGCUGUAUGCCGAGUUUACGUUCCACUGGACGUCUGUCGAGACCGGGUACUACGUCACCGUGAUUGGGUUGACUCGCAUGUUUGUGCUUUUCCUGGCGCUGCCGUUUACGUUGCGCUGGGUCAAAGCCAGGGUGGACGCCCGACACAAGGCACGGGGGACGUACAUUUCCGACGCGCAGCGCGCGGGUGCGUCCGAGACCGACAUCUUUGUCAUCCGACUAUCGGCCAUAAUCGGGGUGAUUGCCUACAUUGGCUUUCUGAUCAACAAGUCGCCGUUGUUCUUCCUGGUCUGCGGAUGCAUCGGGAACCUGGCGGGCGCGACCGCGGCGACGACCGAGUCUACGAUCUCGAAGCACGUCCCGCGCAAAAACACGGGUCUCAUCCUCGGCGCCGUGGGGUUGGUGCACUCGCUCGCGCGCGUGAUCUCGCCGACGCUGUACUUGCAGGUGUACUCAAAGACGCUGCAGGUGCUGCCCAAGACGUUCUUCAUUCUCUUCCUCGCGGUGUUUGCCGCGAUCGUGGUGCUCACGUUCUUCAUCCGGACUGAUCUCUCGGGCAGUCUGAUGGAGGACGGAUCGGAUUUGGUUGCGGAGGACGAGGGCAGUGGCGCGUCUGAGGAGGCGGGCGCGAGCGGGUCGGGAGCAGCAGAGGUCGAGGUAUAGAAAGGGGAAGGGAUCUAAUAGGGUGGGGGAUUGAU